AUGGGAGACGAAAUACAGUCUAUCGGCAUUCCAAUUUUCGCACCCCGUAAAUAUACUCCUUUACCAACUCCAGAACUUGAUAAGGAACAACAUGAGAAAUAUAAUGAACUUUCCAAAUACGUAGACACUAUAUUAUUACCAGAUCAGAAGGAACGAGACUGGGCUUCUGAGACUUGCUUAAAACGUUACCUUCGGGCUUCCAAAUGGAAUUUAAACGAUGCUAAAAACAGAAUAAAAAAUACUUUGGAAUGGCGAAGAGAAUAUAAACCUCUCGAUAUCGACCCCAAAGAAGUAGAGCCUGAGGCAGUCACAGGUAAAAUCCAUAUCAAUGGAUUUGAUAAACAUGGCCGUCCUAUAGUUUAUCUCAGACCAGGAUUAGAAAAUACCAAAGCUGGACCACGACAAGUAAAGAAUGUAGUAUUUACUUUUGAGGCUGCUAUUGCUAUGAUGCCAGAAAAUGUAGAAAGCAUUGCUAUCAUCGUUGACUUUCAUAAUUGCUCCGUUCGUACAAGUCCCGGACUGGGGAUUGCUAAAGAAUUUAUGCAUGUUUUGGGAUCUCAUUACCCUGAAAGACUGUCCAUGGCCAUGGUCAUUAAUGCUCCUUGGUAUUUUUGGAGCUUCUUUAGACUUAUUUCUCCCUUUAUCGAUCCGGUCACUAAAGAUAAAAUAAAGUUUGUAGACCUUAACGCUAAUGAAGAAAGCAAAAAACACCGAAUCUUUGAUUACGUUUAUGAAGAUCAAUUGGAAUCUGUGUAUGGAGGAAAUAAUGUUUUUGUCUAUAAUCAUGAGAUUUACUGGAAUGCAUUGCUUGAAAGA